GGCGGCCGCCAAGCAGUGCUCCGAUUCAAUGACCGCACAUUUCAUGCUUUCUUUGUGCCUGUGGAAGAGGCAUUCGGAGACUAGACCCAAGGAUUCUCUGCUCUGACCUCUCUCCCUGGAUUGUUGCUGCGAUUCUCGUACUCUCCCAGUUCGAGUUUCGUGGUGUUGAGAGCUAGUUCUGGGGAGCUUGUUUGGAGCACGGAAGGCGAAUGGUACUGAAACAGGUCAAUCUAUAAGUUUCUUUGCGAGUUCAAUUUGAUUUGUACAAUGGGGAGGAAGCCGAAGCAAUCCACAGAGGUUAAAGUGAAGAAGGAAGAGAGUGACGACUUCAUGGAGAAGAAACUAAAGAUGAAAAAUAAGGGGUUCACCGAUGACAAUAAAAAGUGGCUGAAGGCAAAGUUGAUUGAAAGCUCCUCUGAGGAGGAAGGCGAAGAUGAAGAUGAGGAUGAGGAUGAUGAAGGAGAUGGCGAAAUUGAAAUGGAAGAGGACGAUGGCAGUGAUGAAGGCAGUGAUGAUGGUGAGGAGAGCGAUGAAGACAGUGAAGAUGAAAUGGACGUGGAGAAGAAGUCACGCUUCUUGGAUGCUCAGAAGCAGCGAGAGGUUGAAGAGGCUAGACAGGAAGAAAUGCAGCUUAACAUCCAGGGUGACGCUGAUGAUUUUCGGUUACCUACUGAAGAGGAGCUAGAACAAGAAGCGAAAGGCCCUCCAGACCUACCAAAUAUCUUGCGGCGAAUCAAAGACAUUGUCCGUGUGCUUUCUAGCUUUAAAGCUUUAAGGCCCGAAGGAGCUGCCCGAGCUGACUAUGUGAAACAGCUUUCAUCUGAUCUAUCCCUGUAUUAUGGUUACAACGACUUCCUUAUCAGUACCUUCUUACAGAUGUUUCCUCCUGCCGAAGUGCUGGAGUUCCUUGAAUCAAAUGAGAAACCUCGGCCAAUAUCCUUGAGAACCAACACCCUGAAGAGCCGUAGGAGGGAUCUGGCCCAAGUUUUGAUUAACAGAGGAGUCAACUUGGAUCCACUGGGAAAGUGGACGAAAGUCGGCCUGGUCGUAUACGAAUCUCAAGUACCCGUUGGUGCGACUCCUGAAUACAUGGCUGGUCACUACAUGCUUCAAAGUGGAUCUUCCUUUUUGCCAGUGAUGGCUCUGGCACCUCAAGAGAAGGAACGAGUUGUAGAUAUGGCAGCUGCCCCAGGAGGAAAAACUACCUACAUCGCUGCACUAAUGAAAAAUACAGGUGUCAUCUAUGCAAAUGAAUUGAAAGAGCCACGUAUAAAAUCCCUGUCUGCCAACCUUCAUCGAAUGGGUGUGACGAACACAAUCAUCUGUAAUUAUGAUGGUCGCCAGUUGCCUCACAAGUUGGGACUACGAUCGGUGGACCGGGUUUUGUUAGAUGCGCCGUGCAGCGGAACCGGGGUUGUAGGAAAGGAUGAGUCGGUGAAAGUUACGAAGAGUGCGGAAGAUAUUCAACGCUGUGCAUUCCUGCAAAAAGAACUCAUUCUAGCUGCUAUAGACAUGGUGGAUGCUAAUUCAAAGACUGGAGGAUAUCUUGUUUAUUCGACAUGUUCAGUAAUGGUAGCAGAGAAUGAAGCCGUUGUGGAUUAUGCUUUAAGGAAGCGGGAUGUGAAGAUUGUUCCAACAGGGUUAGAAUUCGGGCGUGAAGGCUUUACAAAAUUUCGAGAGAGUCGGUUUCACCACACGCUGAAGAAUACUAGACGGUUUUAUCCUCAUGUGCACAACAUGGAUGGCUUCUUUGUUGCCAAGCUGAAGAAGAUAAGUAACAAGGUCAAGAAAGAUGAUGGCAAUGACGAUGCCGAUGAUGAAGAGCCGGCAGAGGAAGUCACGAGAGAUGAAGGAGAUGAGAUGGAAGUUGAGGAAGUUGGUCAAGAUCGGAUCGCCGAUGGUGGUGCAUCUGCUGGCAAUGGUGACGACGGAGACAUGGAUGUCCCUAACGGCAAAGCUGAGAACAGUGAACCGGCAAAAGUAAAGAGAAAGUUUUUGAAUAGGAGGGAGCGGAAGAGUUUGCCAUCAAAAGAAGAGAUUGCUCAACAGAGGGAGGAGAAGAGGGAAGCCAUGCGUCAACGGAAAGCCGAAGAAGCCGCAGCCAAAACUCCUGCCCCUUCUUCCGAACCUACAGCGAUGGAGGGAGUUAAGUCUACCAAGGAAUCGCCUGUUUCUAAUGGAAAAGCCAAGAAGGGUAACAAAAAAGCGUCUAAGAAAGUGAAGCAGUCUCCUUCGGCGACAAAAGAGGGUUCAGCCAGCAAGAAACGGAAGGCCUCAAAAUGAGAAGUGCAAACAACAAAUCGACGUGUCCUUGUUGCACCUUUGUAGGAUUUGAGAUUCUCACUGAACUGGUGUAUUGAGGCGAAAGGCCUGUGCAAAUUUCACCGACCUUAUGUUCUCAUCAAGUAGGGUUCUAUACCUUGUCCUUGUGAAUUGUAACUCAGACCUCAGAAAACGUAGAGCUUCCGAGUUUAAGAUUCAGCUAAUCGUGCAAUUUUAUUAUGCACUAUCACAAGGCAAAGCAAGUUUAAGAUAUAUCUGGUGCCCAGUUAGAGUGCACUGCUGAUUUUAUGCAUGGUAUUCCCCUGCUGAAAUUUUUUUAGUAAAUUGCCGGUAUCCUUUUAUUCUUGUGAA